AUGACAAUGAUGAGAUUAAGGAUUAAAUAUAUAGACUUUCAACUCAGCCUAAGAGUGUCUUUGGAAAAUAAAGAAUUUUAGAUAUCCAUGUAAAUAAUUGAUAAUUAGCAUGAUUAAAAGAAUCAUUAUACACUAAAUAAGUAUUUGAUUCUUACUUAUUCUAUAAUUUCACUGAAUUAUUUUAUAGAUUAUCAAUGGCUAAAACAAAAUAAAUUACAUGCAAUUGAAGAAAAAAGAAUAGUACAACAAGUAGGCGCAUUAGAGAGAUCACUUCCAUAUAUUGAACCACUAGAAAAGGAAAUCAAGAUAUUGAGAAACUUAAUCAUCUGCUAUUGGAAAAGUUAUGAAUUCAUUAUAUAAUAGUAGAAUUUAAUAAUGAAAUCAAUCAUUAUAAAUAAAAUUAUGAGCAAUUAAAGAAUAGCGCUUAAAUUCAAUUGUCAAUAAAGCAAAUCAAUUAAUUGAUAAUGAAAGUUAGAAUUGAGGGAAAAGUUUAAGAGUUGAAAGACAGAAAGAAAGAUUAAAAAGAGAUUACAAUUUGGUUUUGGACAAAUAUGAGGGGUGUGAAGAUUUUUAGAGAUUCAGAAAAUGGCUCAAAAUACAAAUCAAUUGGGGAUGCGAAGAAAAAGAAGAAGGAAAAGAGAGGAAGCAUGAGCACCAAUAGAAGAAUAAGAAGCUGCAGAGAAGGAAGAAGCUGA